AUGGGAAGGGCCAAUGAUUCCAUGUUGACAGAAUUCGUCCUGGUGGGGCUUUCUGCCCACCCCAAACUCCAGACCAUGUUCUUUGUGCUAGUUUUAUGGAUGUACCUGAUGAUCCUGCUGGGAAAUGGAGUCCUCAUCUCAGUAAUCAUCUAUGAGUCUCACCUGCACACCCCCAUGUAUUUCUUCCUCUGCAAUCUUUCCUUCCUGGACAUUUGCUACACAAGCUCCUCUGUCCCACUAAUUCUCGACAGCUUCCUCACAGUACGGAAAACCAUUUCCUUCUCGGGAUGCGUGGUGCAAAUGUUCCUCUCCUUCGCCAUGGGAGCCACCGAGUGUGUGCUCCUAGGCAUGAUGGCACUGGACCGCUAUGUGGCCAUCUGCUACCCGCUUCGAUAUCCUGUGAUCAUGAGCAAGAGUACCUAUGUGCCCAUGGCAGCUGGGUCCUGGAUCAUUGGACUUACUGAUUCCCUUGUGCAGACAUCUCUUGCAAUGCAGUUACCAUUCUGCACUAAUAAUGUUAUUAGCCAUUUUGUCUGUGAAAUUCUGGCUAUCCUGAAACUAGCCUGUGCUGAUAUUUCAAUCAAUGUGAUUAGUAUGGCUGUGUCUAAUCUGAUUGUUCUCAUCAUUCCCUUGCUAGUAAUUUCUGUGUCUUAUGUUUUUAUUGUCGCCACCAUUUUGAGGAUUCCUUCUACGGAAGGGAAACGGAAGGCCUUCUCCACCUGUUCCGCCCAUCUCACGGUGGUGAUCGUAUUCUACGGAACCAUCUUCUGCAUGUACGCAAAACCCAAGUCCAAAAACUCUGUGGGUUCCGAUCAUCAGGACAUCACUGACGCCCUCAUCUCCCUCUUCUAUGGAGUGAUGACUCCUAUGCUCAAUCCCAUCAUCUACAGCCUGAGAAACAAGGAUGUCAAGGCUGCUGUGAAGAACAUGCUGGGUAGAAAGCACUUCGCUGAUGGCAUGUAA